AAAACGCGUUGAUUUCUACUGCGCCGUUUUACCUAUUUCUACCAGUCGUAUAUUUCCUAUAUUCGAAAUGAUGUCGGGUACUCAUUUUUCUAAAACAAUUUUUAAAAUUUUCCACGACUUUCGAGUUUUCUGCGAAGAGCAAAAUAAAUGGCCAACCUUCGGGGCGGUUGUCAGUGUUGUCACAGAUUUCAGCUUUGCUAAUAUACAUGCCAUUUUCAGGGCUUGUAAUAAAACUAAUUCGAUGGAAUAUCUUGAUUUAACUUAUAAAAUUGCGUCGGAUGAAGUUGAUCAUCCGAAAGAUCUUGUAACAAAACAUUUAUGCUGCGCACAUCUCAUGAAAAAUUUCAGUAAAGGUAUUAAUGAUUGUUUUACGGAUAAUGAAGUGCGGGAAUUCUAUAAAGACAUUAUGGCAUCGGUGAUGAAUAUGGAUUUUUUCAGUGAUAUUGAAGAUUGCUCUCAGAGUUUGUGUGUAUUGUUAUUCAGCCCGGUUAUGAAUAAAAUUGUUCGUGAACAUUUAGAUAUGUUAUUAAAUUCAAAAAACGCUGAUCCCAUCGACCUUGAUAUAUAUAGAUUUUCGCGAGUGUAA